AUGGCACCAAAAAAGAGCAAGAUGUCCUUGGGCGAUUUCCUCGCAGAUGAAACCACUGGAACUUCUUGGGCGGACGAGCUGGAUGACCUUCCAAGCGCUCCGGCACUUCGUGAGCCCUCUUUCGGCGGCGGCAUGCCACCGCCAUUGAGUGGCGGUCCUCCAUCCUUUUCGCGAUCGCGUUACGAUGGUCCACCUGCGCCGAUGCGCGAAGAUCCACCGCUCCCGACAGAGCCUCCGUUCACUGCUUUUGUGGUGAACUUGGCAUUUGAGAGCACGGAAGAAGACGUGCGUGCUUUCUUUGAUCCUAUGAAUGCACUCAGUGUGCGUCUUGUCAAGGGACAUGACGGACGUCCGCGUGGCUACGGAUAUGUGGAAUUUGCGACACUGGACGAAUUGAAGGAUGCAUUGACGUUCACUGGCAAGCCAAUGCAGGGCCGCAAUGUGCGCGUGAGUGUAGCCGAGUCUCCAUCGCGUGGUUCUCGGCACACGGCAGCGGAUGACGCGACGCAAUGGCGUCGAGCUGCACCUCUACCACCAAGUUCGAGGGAUAGUGGCAUCUCUGGCUUUGAUAACAUGUCGAUUUCUUCGGACGGCGGCCGCCAAGGUUUUGGUGGGCGGUUUACGCCCAGCACUGACUCGCCACGUCGACGCGGACCGAUGGUGCCUGCAGAGCCAAGUGCAAGCGACAUGUCUUCCAGCUGGCGGACUGGUAAGCCUGUGGUCAGCAAGUCACGCUUCGGAUUCGGUGACCAGGAGGGCGGUCGCGGUCGCCGGAACGAUGACCUAGACUUUUCGUCCUGGCGAAAGCCCUCGGCUGAGGGAAAUGCGCCCACAGAGCGUCGCAAGCUGGAGCUCAAGCCGCGCAGCGAAGCGCCUCGUCCUAGUACCGACUCGCCCGCCAGCGGUUCGGCGCGAUCGAAUCCGUUUGGCGCUGCGAAACCGGUCGACAUCAAUGAGCGUCAUCGCCAGAUUGAAGAAAAGAUUCGUGAGAACGACAAGCUCUUGCGUGAAGAAUUAAAGAAGGAGGAUGAGCGCAAGAAGAACAAGGGUGGCUUUUUCAAGGCUCGUGCAUCUGAUGCCUGGUCCACGAACGAGCCGACUUCGGAUGCGCCUGCCCGUGCGGAGGAUGCACCAUCCCAAGAAACCAACUAA